AUGACGGCCGUGCGGAAAACCAUUGGUCAAAGCAAUGAAAGACUGACCCUGCGCGAUGAUCUGGAAGCCCAGCAGGAACCAUCGGGUGAGAUGUUCGACUCCGUGAGCCAGGUUCCAACGAGUGAGCGGCGACAAGACAGGAAAGAACAGGGAAUAAAAGCGCAGAUCGAACAUAAUCGACCAUUUGAUUGGCAAGAAUAUCAUUCCAUGUACGCCGUAAGCCGUGCAGUUCAUAUUUCUGGGAUCGCUAUCCAUGGUCGCUAUCGUCGUUAG